CGCGUAGGGGAUCCAUUUCUAUCAUAUAAUUUAUCUGCGACAUCAUAAGCGGCAUCUUGUACCUACACAGUAUGACCGCCGCCGUCGUGGAGACUGAGCUCAAGAACCUCGGCCGAGUUGCUCGGAGAUCACCAAUACCUCCAGAAAACACAACUUGUCAAAAUAAUGGCGCUGAAAAUGACGGGACUGAAUCAGUAUCACUUUUGCGCAAAGCUACUGUGACAUUUCAGCUAGCUUGUAUCAACUUUGCAUGGAAUGCUACCAAGGGGCUCACGGUUGUCGGCCUACCCCAGAUGACCUCUGAUCUUGCUCUACCGCCCUCGCUUGCAUUCUGGCCUUCAUCUGUCCCUGGAUUGGCUACAGCAUCUACACUCUUGCUUGCCGGAGCUAUCGGUGACGUAAUCGGACCAAAGACAAUGAAUCUUACCGGAUGUAUUUUCAAUGGAUUUCUCAUGGUCGCCUGUGGUCUAGCCAGGCAUGGUCAGGACCUUGUCAUUUUUAGAGCUCUUAGCGGUGUUGCACUAGCCAUGCAUUUAUCGAGCUCGGUUGCGCUUGUUUCCAGUGUCUAUACGCCCGGUAAGGGUCGCAACUUGUCGUUUGCAUGCCUUGGUAUGAGCCAAGUACUGGGUUUCUCGUUUGGGCUCGUUGUGGGCGGCAUCUUGGUCGAUACUGCUGGAUGGCGAUUCGGUUGGUAUUUAUACGGAGCUAUAACACUGACGGCCUCUACAGUGGGAUUUUGGUCAUUACCCAAUCCAGCAAAGUUCGAGUCGUGGAAGACCUUGCGCCGCGAUCUGUCGAGUAGGGUAGACUGGGUAGGGGCACUGUUGGCGUCAGCGUUCAUGGCUCUAGUAUCCUAUUUCUUGGCAAUCAUCAGCACAGAUGUAUAUCGUGCCAAGGAGCCAGCAAGCAUUGCUAUUGUUUGUAUUGGCGGCGCGGCGCUUCCGUUUUUCAUAUUAUGGAUGCGUCGCCAGACUGCCCACAACAAACCAGCUUUAAUUCCAAAUAGUCUCUGGCGCAAUGCCUCUUUCACGAGUAUUUGCGCUGCUACGUCACUUUCGUUUGCAGUGCUCAACUCUCUUGAGCUUUUCGCCAGCUUGUUUUUCCAAGAGAUUCAACACUUGACAGCAAUUCAGGCCGCAAUCCGUAUCCUACCAAGCGUGUUAGUAGGAGUUAUCCUGAAUUUCACGACGGGAAUGGCUGUACACAGGGUACCUGUGGUUUGGCUCGUCGUCAUCACCUCUCUCGUAUCAUCAGGCUCCCCACUACUCAUGGCACUUAUACAAGUCGAGUGGCCCUACUGGACAAGCGCAUUUUUCGCGCAAAUUUUGAUGCCAUUUUCCGUUGAUGUACUACUCACCGUUGGUCUAAUUAUUGUGACGGCAGCGUUUCCAGAAGACAAGCAGUCCAUCGCUGGGGCUGUUUUCAAUACGGCAUCACAAUUCGGAACCUCUUUGGGACUGGCUAUCAUGCAAGUGAUAUCGACAGCUGUAACCAGAGGCAAAUUGCAGGUACGGCCUUCAGAAGCUCUCCUUGAGGGUUAUCGUGCGAGCUUCUGGACCAUGUUUGCUUUUAUGGUUGUGAGUGCUGCCAUUGGGGGGUUGGGAUUACGCAAAAGCGGCAAAAUAGGAUUAAAGCGAGACUAGACGCCCGAGUCCUUUAUAGUAUAUAGGGGGACAAGACUUGGAUAGAAACAAAU